AUGGCAUCAGAAAUCGAUGAUCAGCACAUCUUCUCGGAGUUCCUGGAUCCAGUUCGUCAGGCACUGAUCGCCGAAUUUGUGCAGCUGGCCGGCGGCAUAGACCUUGUUUCUCGCCAUUCGCUAUUCGCACUAUGGUUCUGCGACAUUAGCGUCCUCAGGAAGGCAGUGAAACCUGGUGACAAUGAUCUCAGAAACGCUCUGCGUUUUAUCUUGAAAUCUAGCCAAGAUGAUCACGCUGGUAUCUGGGCUGGCGCCAAAAGACCCAAUCCCGCGUGGCGAAUGGCUCUGCCCAUCAGUGGUCCAUCGCUACCACCUAAGGCGCGCCAAGCUCCCUCCAUCUCACCCGAAAGACCUACCAAAGCCCCUCGCAUCGAGUCCGAAGGCGGUCUUCAGGCACCGCAGGAUGAUGCUCCCAAGCGAGGCCGGUCACAGGUCCGCUCUCAGUUGCCGGUUCCCUCCCUCUCGGGGGUAACCCGUGGUCCAUCCAUACCGGGUCAGACACCCCAAGCUCGCGCUUCGUCCCCCCCGAAACCCUCCCAAGUCCCUCCCAUCAAUCCCGAAAGCGGUCUCAAGGCACCGCAGGAUCAUGCCCCUCCCCGAGGCCGGUCACAGGUCCGCUCUCGGUUGCCGAUUCCCUCGCUCUCCGCCUCCACACUCUCCAAGCGUGACAUUGGCAUUAGAGAUCAGGCCCUCGCCCGUGACGGACAGCAAUGUGUCCUCACGAAGCUCACGCAGCCGACACUACAUGUGUCGCACAUCUUGCCAUUCAAGCUGGAUAAAAUCACCACUAAGGUGGAUCCGAUUUGGGACUGGCUGGGAAUAUUCUGGGAUAAGGAAAAAGUCAAGACUUGGCAGCAGGAGCUUUUGCGGAACGCCGAUGGUUCUAUGAAUACCGAGUUUGUCGCCAACUUGAUGACACUCAGUGUCCAAGUCCAUGAAUACUGGGACUCCGCUGUUUGUGCCUUUCGACCAAUCAGCGUCAACGAUGAACAGACCAGUCUGAAAGUAGCCUUCCAUUGGCUACCUCUGGCCCUUAAAAGUGUCCAGCGAAACUCUCCUGCCCAUCUGUUGUUGCACCCCUACCCUGACCUGCCGCGGGGAUUCACGGAAGGCCCCAGGCCCAUGAUGAUGCUCUUCCACAUGGGAUCUAGGCAAGUGAUCCCUUCUGGCUUCAUAUUCGAAAUCACCACCCCAGAUCCUGUGAAGAUGCCCCUGCCAUCAUUUAGCUUGCUUGAGCUCAGGUGGCACUUGUCGCGUAUUGCGGCUAUGCAGGGAGCCGCGGAGGAGGAAGACAGCGAUUUCGAGUCGGACAUUGACUCUCCGAAGGUGCCGUCUCGCUCACGGUCUCCGGAGAAGGCAAUUGUUCCAUGGCUGGAGAACAUACCUUUCCGAUCGACAUACAGAUCUCUGUCCCCGGAAAAGGAGCCCUCUCGCUCCCGAUCUCCCGCGAAGGGCAGUAGCCCUUUGAAGGAAAAUAUGCCAACCCGAUCUCGAACCCGAUCGCUGUCACCGGAGAAACCGCAGCAGGAAUCUCCACUGUUCGAGACCUCAAGCUUGGAGGAGAAUUACUGAGAGGUGAAGGAGUGCAAUCAUAGCAAUAUUGUUCUGGUAGCUAGAACGAGUCAUGCAGGACCCCUCCCGAUCUGUGGUCCCUUGAGAAUAUCCUUAGCUUUGAUAGCUCUUACAUGAAUGGAAGCCUUCGUCCCGAGUUUAUUUAAAG